AUGCAGAAGCCCAGGAAGAUCUUUGCCAAAGUCCUCCUGCUUGUCGUGUCCGUGGACAUCUGCUUGGCCCAGCACUGGUCGUACGGCCUGCAGCCAGGCGGAAAACGGAACGCCGACAUUCCGACGGACCCAUCGCAGGAGAUUGGAAACGAAAUGGAAGAGCUCGGGGAAGCGCAGAAGGCUGCCUGCCCUGGCUCCUAUCAGCAUUCCAGGGUCAGUGACCUGAAGGAAGCCAUGGAAAAGCUGAUCCAGGGAGAAGCUCGACGACAGAAGAUUUAA